UCUAACAACACAACUUAUCUUAAAUUCUGACAGUGCAUGUGAAUACAUAAGUAACUUCAGUAACCUUGUGUUUGUUUAUUCUCUGCUUGCCAUUUCCUACCUGGCAUAGCCCUAAAUUGUUUGUCAUCAGUAAGGGAAUAUUUAAUGCUGUAUAAGAUAAAGAAUGAAUCCUUUUGUAGAGUUAAGUCUGCCAAAUGUUUCUUCACCUCGUGGACUGCUACUUAACUAUGAUUCUUCAAGCAGACCGCCAGAAUCCCGGGGAGGUUAUCGCUUUGGACAGCUUAGCAAGAAUUCGUUUUUUACCCGACACAACCCACAUCCACAAAGAGUUAAACAUAUAAAAGGUUUGCUAGAUGUACCAAUAUGUACAGUACUUGAUUGGGACAUACCUCCUAUUUCUACCAGAAAGGAUUCAGGAUAUAAAAAUGAAUUGUCUUUUUCUUUCAUACCUGACACCGAGCGAUUCAAAAGACUAAGACAUUUUUACAAAGAGAAAGUAUUACCCAACUAUGGACCAUUAGCCUUAAUGGAGGAUUGGAACGAUGAAUUUCACAACUUUACAAACCAGUUAGGACUUUCAAUGCAGAAUACAAAUGUAAAAAGUCAACUUCCUAACAAAGCAAAGAACAGAAAAUCUCAUUCAAGUGGUUGUAUGUAUUCUUCAGAAACCGGUCGUUUAAUUCCACCUCCAUCUAGAGCAAUCUCAAAACAUCGGAUGCAUACUGGACAAAGAGAAUUAUUUGCCAAUCCAGCACUAGGUAUAGUUGACCAACAAGAAUUAGAAAACAUUGUGUUAUCUAUAUUAUGUCAGAUUCUUCAGACCAGUGAUAUGGAUGCUAUUCAAGGAUGGUUAAUAUGUGCCAGUGAUAGAGAGAAAAAUUUGGUGAGCAACUUGAUAAAAGCAGCUGUUCUUAGCCAAACAAAUAACAGUGUUAAUGUUCAAAAUGUGAAUGGCAGAGAGCAUCACCAAAUAACAACUCUGCCACCUAUAAGAGAGAACACAGCAGUUAAAGAUAUAACAUUUUCCAAUAAUAUUAAUCAAGAAAACAGGAAAAGAUCUUCAAAAGUAGACAGGUUAAUUCUUGAAAGUCCAACUGAACCUGAAGGAAAAGCAGCAGGAAACCAGAAUUUUCAGAAUUCAGUGUCAAAUAGACCUCCAACAGACACAAAAUUAAAUGAAAGUGACAAAUUAAAAGAUCAUUGCUGCAAUGAAGGAAUGAGAAGAUCAGCCGAAACAUAUAUAUCGAGAGAUGAAAUUUUGAACUGGAAACCCGAGGAGCAAUAAUUUUUUUUUUUAAAUAAAUUUAAAGAUCUGUCAAAUAAAAUUUCUAGAUUUAUCUUCUUUUUAUAUUCAAAAUUAUCAAAUUCCAUUAAAGAAUCCAUGAUCACAGAGACUGGAUGCUACUGUUAUUGUUACUGUCCUUGUCAUUAUUUUUUUUUCACUUUUAUCAGCC